GCUAUUCAAGUCCCAUCAUCCGAUAGUUCUGUAGCGUGGGGCGAUACCGUGACCCUUUUCUAGAUCACCACAUGCAUCACCUAAAUUACUGGUCGAGAUCAGAGCAUCCUUUGAGCUCGGUCGAAUGCUAGGCAAUGGCGAAGUCAUUGGAAAACUUAAAAUGUCUUGGGAUGAGUUGCUCCGUCAUGGAAAUGAGCCUUUCGAUUUGUCCUUCCCACGCGUUCGGGGUGUCCACCCUUCUCUAACGCUGACGGCCGCCUCUGUGAAUGGUUGCGGAAACAACGACGGUGAACUGUUGAGCUCCAUCGUUGACUGCGAGAUCGCUCGAGACACGGAUACGGGUCACACAAGAUUUGGUGAAUACAUGACAAGCAAGAUGGUCUCUGACCUGAACGAUGCCGUGGCACAUUUUGAGUUGGUUCUAGAGCGGUGUCCGGUCGGCCACCCUGAUCGCGCAGCUGCACUGACCAACCUCGCGUGCGCACGCCUUCAAGGGUACAUUCGCAACGAUCUUCAAGACAUCGACUCCACUACCUGUCUAUUCCGCGACAUUCUUGCAUUGCGUCCGCAGGGCCACCCUGAUCAUCCAUCAUCUCUGUACCAUCUCCUUAAAGCAUUGAUCCGGCGCCACAGCAAGGAGCCUGCCGCUGUCGACAUCCGCGAAUCUGCUCAAAUCUCCCUUGAGCUACUACCUCUCUGCCCAGAGGGCACAUAUCUUCGAACCGUCGUGGCAGGGGCAAGUGGUAUGGAUUAUGUGAUCCGCAUAUGCAAUGAUCUUCCGAUAGACGCAUCCGAUGAAGGCAUCCGCCUUCGACGAAUCGUCCUCGAGCUCUGUCCCCAGGGCCAUCAACACCGUCCCAGCUCCCUCUAUAAGCUUUCAUGGGCACUCGGUACACAUUUUGGGCAACGUGGGAGCAUUGUUGAUAUAGACGAGAGCAUACAACUUGGUCGCGAAGCUGUUUCUCUGUGUCCCGAGGGACAUCCUGAUCGUGGUGUCUACUUGAAUAACUUGGCUUUCUCACUCCGCUCCUACCGCUUUCGUCACCAGGGCAAAUCUGAUGACCUCAACGAGGCCAUCUCUCUGUACGAGGAAGCACUGUGCCUGAGCCCUGUCGGGCAUAAAUCUCGUGAUCCACGAUUGGGCAACCUAGGGGGUGCGCUCCUCGACCGUUUCCACCAACGCGGUGAGGUAGAAGACAUCAACAGAGCUAUCAGCCUCUAUCGCGAAGCACUGACAUUGCGCCCACCUGGGCAUCACAAACGCGACACCACACUUUCCAACCUUGCCGUCGCACUCAAAACCAGACAUGGCAAAUCACAUGCCAACGAGGAUCUUAACGAGGCCAUCGAGUUGUAUCGGGAAUCAAUUCGGUUGACGCGGCAUGACCAUCCAGAGCGCCAUAUAACUCUUUACAAUUUGAGCUCAGCACUCUGCUCUCGUUUCACGAGAACUCAGAAGAUUGAAGAUGUUGAGGAGGCCAUUAGGCUCGGCCAAGAAUCAUUGGCGGCUUUGCCACCACUGCAUCCAGAUAGGUACCACAGCUACAUGUGGCUGCAGGAGGCCUAUCUGUCUCGUUACCGGGUGCAAUGCAAUGUGGCUGAUUUGUCACUCGCUGUUGAAAACUUCAGAUUGGCGUCAAGGCACCCCACUCAAGGAUUCCCAGAACGCAUCGAAGAGGCUAUUCAUUGGGCUCGUCAAGCAGAGAUCUAUCAACAUGGAUCUGCCCUCGAAGCAUACCGAACAUGUUUGGAUCUUUUUGACAACCAUGUAAUAACACGGUCCUCAAUUAUCUCGCGACGCAAUGCGGCAACCGCAUUUCGCGGCGCACAAUCACUGCCAGUCGAUGCAGCUUCAUGCGCUGUUCGUCAAAAUGAUCUGCGACAAGCGGUUGAACUUGAGGAGCGGGGUCGCGGCCAACAAUGGUCGCUGGCGUCUCGGCUCAGGACUCCACUGGAUGACCUCCAGUCUGCAAGUCAGGCCCUAGCUCACAAACUCUCGGAGCUCAACAAGCGCCUGUCUGAUGCUCAGGGUUCUGCAAGCAGCGCAGAUCGAGCUGCUGCUGACCGGGCAGCAAUAGAGUAUAGGAAACUGUCAAUGGAAUGGGAAGCUACGGUUACGGAGGUUCGCAAUCUUCAUGGUUUCUCGCGAUUCCUCCUCCCUCCAUCAUAUGAAGACUUGCAAGCGGCAGCGCACGACGGCCCAGUCAUCAUCCUCAUUGCUAGCAAAUACUCGUGCAAUGCGCUCAUUGUCCCGACGUCAGGGGUGCCCCAUCAUGUUCCUUUCCCCUCUCUUACUCUCACAGAUCUCGAGAAACUUAAAUACGACAUUGCGAUGGCAAUACGACAUGCAUCACUGAUGAGCCCAAGAGAAUCGAGGACAGACCUGAUAGUACUCUUGCGGAAGAUAUGGGAUGAGAUCAUGCUACCUAUUGUCGACGUACUACUCGGGCGUGAUCUCAAAGUAAAGCGCCGCUCUCGAAUAUGGCUGUGUCCAACUGCAGCCUUCACAUCCAUUCCUCUCCAUGCAGCUCAUCCCUCUCGAACGAAAGCAGAUGGAAGUGGACGGGAAUUACCCCUCGAGGAUAUUUUCAUUUGCUCCUACACGCCCACACUUUCCGCUCUCAUCAGAUCUCGACAGGCGAUGAGGACACGUCCGACGAGUCCAUCCUUCGUGGCGAUUGGACAAAGUCAACCGGGCGCAGGGCAAGGCACGGCGCUCGCCACUGUCGACAGCGAGCUUGAGCUCGUCCAUACACUCGUUCCCCCCAACGUGAAUUUUACUAUUCUUUCGGGUGACGAAGCCACACAGGCUGGUGCACUCGAUGCUUUGCGAUGCAACACCUGGGUGCAUCUUGCUUGUCAUGGAAAGCAGGACCGUAAACAGCCAUACAACUCGCGCUUCGCCAUGAGAGAUAAGCCUCUCACCCUCCUUGACAUCAUGGAGAACGACACUCCGCAAGCCGAAUUCGCAUUCUUAUCGGCGUGUCAUACCGCCGUCGGCGAUGAAGAGACGCCUGACGAGGUCAUCCACCUCGCAGCUGGCCUACAGUUUUCAGGGUUCAAGAGUGUGAUUGGCACGCUGUGGGUGGUUGAUGAUGAAGUCGCCAAGCACGUUGUGGAAGCAUUCUACGAGAAUAUGUUCAAGGACUUGAAGGAUGGUGUCUUGGACUGUACGAAGGCAGCCAAAGCACUCAAUUAUGCUAAGCGUGGCGUGAAGAAAUUGGUGCCGCUCGAGCAGAGAAUUGUUUUCAUUCAUAUUGGUGUGUAGUGCUUCGUCUUGUACAGAUUUACAUGUUGUUGGUCUUCGAUUCCCUUUCAUCCCUGUCUUUGUUAACGGCAUAGGAAUUUCCGUGUGCUUUUAGCUGACUUUUCUCGCAAUCUCUCUCUACUGUAGAGUCUUUGGUAAAUUGAUCAGAUUCAAAAUUAUUUGUCUGUCGCGUAGGUUCUCUUACUCGAGUACUUACGUACAACACGACUGUGAAUCAGUUUCCUGCGCUACGUAGUACGAGUUGACCUUCCACCCAUUCAAUCCAAGUCAUUCUCCACCUCUUAAAG